GACUUAUAUAAAUAUUUUAAAACCUAUAACUUUUAAAUGAUUGAAAUAGAAUAAAACCCAGAACUGUUAAAACAAAUCAGUAAAAAUCACCAAAACAGCAUUGAAACAAAGCACGUCUUUAACAAAAAACAUUAGUGCUGAAGUUAAAUAAUAGUUCAACAAUUCUAUUGGAACAGUGUCCCUUCAUUUCCUUAUUGCAUUGAUUAGAAUGAGUUCAAAUAAAUAACUGGAAAUGAGCUAAAACCUUCGCAAUAAAAUUCAAACCCCACUUUCCAACUCGGGAAUGAAUGAUUUGAAAAUGCAGAAUCCAAAAGGGCCGAGAGAGUGAGACCUUUUUUAGGAAGUCAGUUCAAUAUUGUACAGAAGUUUGAUUUCAUGCACAAAAUGGUUUGAGAGAUUUUACCUUCAGGCCUUCAAUGGACUUCAAUGGACUUCUUGUCUAGACUUGGCUCCCGUCCUGAAGACAUCUCAUGAUAUAUAUGUAGGCAAGCCUCCCUCAGAAGGAUCCAGAAUAGUUUUGUGUCCCCAGAGAUAUUGUAAUUACUAGGAUUAUUAAUAAUCUGCUUUCCUCUUUGGAGACCCAAAGAAAUAACAUUCUCAUCUCUGUUGCCCUUGGCAGAGAAGGCCAGAGACCUUGUGAAACUACAGCUCCUGGGACUUCAUAGCUUUGUACCGUGGCAAUCAUAGUGGAGUGCCGUAAUGCUGCAUUCAUUUUGCAUUCAUUGUGCAAAUGCUCCUUUUGAGCCAUAACAGUUGAAAGUGGGGUCAAAAUUUAUUAAUUCUGCAGCUUAAGAAAAGGCUCAAGAACUUGCAAAACUACGACUCCCAGGAUUCCAUGCUAGUUCUUGUGGGGCUAAAACUUGUGGGGCUAAAAAUUAAUUUCAUUGUGUAGAUGCACCCAUUUUGAAGUGUUGUUGCAUCCACUCUUGAGCCUUGGCAGUUCAAGUGGGGCCAAACAGCAAUCGUUUUUGCAGUGUGGAUGCAUUUUGCAGUAUGGACGCAACCAUUUUGCAGGACAGGUGCAUGUUGCAGUGUAAACACACAAUUUUUGCAGUGUGAAUGCACCCGUUUCGCAGUGUGGAUGCAACCAUUUUGCAGUUUGGAUGCAACCAUUUUGCAGUGCAGAUAAAUUUUGCAGUCUAGAUGCAUUUUGCAGUGUAGAAGCAUCCAUUUUGCAGUGUGGAUGCAACCAUUUUCCAGGACAGGUGCAUGUUGCAGUGUAAACGCACCAUUUUCGCAGUAUGGAUGCACCCAUUUCGCAGUUUGCAUGCAACCAUUUUGCAGUGUAGAUGCAUUUUGCAGUGUGGAUGCAACCAUUUUGCAAUGCAGGCGCAUUUUGCAGCAUAGACGCACCAAUUUCGCAGUGUGGGUGCAUUCUGCAGUGCGGAUGCGCCCAUUUUGCAGUGUGGAAGCAUUUUGCAGUAUGGAUGCAACCGUUUUGCAGUGUAGAUGCCUCUUGCAGUGUCCAUAGUGUGGACGCACCCAUUUUGCAGCGUGGCUGCCUUUUGCAGCACAGACGCGCCUACUCUUGAGCCGUGGCAGUUUAAGUGGGGCACUGCAUGUUGCAGUGUAAACGUACCAUUUUCACAGUGUGGAUGCAACCAUUUUGCAGGACAGGUGCAUGUUGCAGUGUAAACGCACCAUUUUCGCAGUGUGGAUGCACCCAUUUCGCAGUGUAGAUGCAGUGCAGAUGCAUUUUGGAGUGUAAACACACCAUUUUCGCAGUAUGGAUGCACCCAUUUUGCAGUCUAGAUGCAUUUUGCAGUGUAGACGCAUCCAUUUUGCAGUGUGGAUGCAACCAUUUUCCAGGACAGGUGCAUGUUGCAGUGUAAACGCACCAUUUUCACAGUGUGGAUGCACCCAUUUUGCAGUGUAGAUGCAUUUUGCAGUGUAAACGCACCGUUUUCGCAGUAUGGAUGCACCCAUUUUGCAGUGUAGAUGCAUUUUGCCGUGUAAACGCACCGAUUUCGCAAUGUGGAUGCAUUUUGUGGUGUGGAUGCUCCCAGUCUUGAGCCAUGCCCAGUUCAGGUGGGUCUAACACUGCAUCCCUUCUGCAGUGUGGGCUCUCCGAAGGGGGGAAGGCAAGGCAAGGCAGGCUGUGCUUUGUGUCUGUGCUGGCAGAUGGCAGUGGAGAGCGAAGGCAGGGAUGCUGCUUGCCUGGCCCACCCUCCUCCUCCUCCUCCUCCUCCUCCUGCCUUGGCCGGCCCUUGAGCAUCCCUGCCUGUCCUGGACCACCCCUCCCUUGCCUUCGCCCCUCCCCGGCUCCUCCUCCUCCUUCCUCCCCAUCAGAUGCUCCCAAGACAGGCGGCUAUUCCUCCGGGCGCAGCAGGAGACUCAUUUAAAGCAGGACCCCCUCUUGAAUGCAGUGCACCCCUCCACUGGAUGUUGCUGGCAGAGACAUUGGCUCCUGCAUCUGCAUCGUGGUACCCAGGCCGGGCACACCUGGUGACUAUCUCUCUAUAUUUUUUUGUGUGAGGAGGGGGAUUAUAUCUCCCUCCUGGGACCUGGAUAGAGGGGCUUCCUCGCUCCCAUAAGAACACAGCACUGCUGCUUCAGACCCCCUCCCCAUUUAUUUAUUGCUAAGCCCUUUGGACCCCCAUGGAGCAUCUCAAAUGAGGCCGUAGCAGCGCUCUACCUGGAUGACUUGAGGAGGAUCGGAGGAGGGGAGGGCAUGCUCAAUGAUAUUGGGGGGCUAUUGAAGACAAGCGGGUGAAGCUCAGGAUGCAGUGGAUGCGCCUUUAACGGCCCUGGGGGUUCACGUCAUGGUGAACCCCAUAAGGAUCCUUUUGGGGGGAAGGCACCUCUUGGCGUGAAGCCCUAAAGCAAGAAGGAAGGGGAAUCAGAAGAAGGACCUAAAAGCGGGGUCUUGAUUCCAAGGGACCCCCCAAUUGCAUCUCCUCGGCAUUGCCCCCCUUUCCUUGCUUUGGCUGCUUUCCGUCCUUGGAGAAUAGGGACCCCCAACUGGGUUCCCCUUCUAUUUUUCUCCUCUUCUUCCAAUGGGCCUGAGUUGACCCCUAAGGGGGGUUUCAUAGGGCUGCCUUGGGUGACCGAAAGGGGGGAUCGGGGACCCCUUGGCCAAGUGGACGGCACCAAGGGCUCUUCGUAGGGUCAUCAAAGGGGGCCAAAGGGGAGGAUUAGGGAUCUCUAUAUUUUUAUUAUAUAGAGAUCGAUGCCACCAAGGGUUCUUCAUAGGAUCACCUUAGCUACCAAAGGCAAAAAAAGGGGGAAUUGGGGACCCUCUGGCCAAUUGGACGCUGCCAAAAACCCCUUGAAACCGUUGGGGGCAAAAUGGAGAGGAUUUAGGACCCUUUAGCCGGACUUUGGCUCCUUGUAAGGUCAUCUUAAGGGACCAAAGAGUGGGAUUGUCCAGCUGGACACCACCAAGAGUAUUUGGUGUGCCUCUGGUUCUUACCCCUUGUUCACAAAAUCCCUGAUAUGUGAUCUAUGGGGUUGCCAUAAGGAACAACUAGGGCAGCGUUGGGCUUAGCUGUGCCAAAGCGGGUUUCCCUUGCCCACCUCUUGACCUAGAUGAUGGGACCAUGACAGACGUUGACUCUUAAAUUGCCAGCCCAGACUUGCCUUGUCUGGUUUCUCCCUUGAUUCCUGCCCCUUCCCUAGUGUGAUCAAUGGGGUGGCCAUAGACCCACAGGCACCCCACCGGAGACCGGUCCGUGUCCCGUUGCCGCCGUUGCCGCCAUGGGCACGGUGCUGUCGCUCUCCCCGUCCGCCCGGAAGGCCAGCCUCUACGACAACGACGCUGACCCCGGCGGGUCCUGCAGCUCCUUGGCGCACUACCCGGCCUUGACCGGGGCAAAGGCCGGCGCCCAGAAGCCGGAGAAGGCCCUCAAGCGCCACUCCAUCUUCAUCCCGGCCUUGACCUGGAAGCGGCUGGUGGCCUCCACGAAGAAGCGCGGCUCCCGCUCCAGCAAGGCCUCCGCGCACAACAACAACCACCACCAUGCUGCUCCUCUCCUCCACCACGGCGCCAAGGAGGUGGCCCACCUCAACCACGAAAACGUCAAGAAGUCCCUCUCAUGUGCCAACCUCGCCAGUUUCGACGGUGACUCCGGCCAGGCCCCGUCGGUGCCGCUGAGCACCAAGCGCAUCCCGGUGUCGUCCUCGCUGAAGCCAGGCACCGGCGGGACCGCCUCGUCCUCGCCGCGGAGGGUGAUUGUCCAGGCGUCGACCAGCGAGCUGCUGAAGUGCCUGGGGGAGUUCCUGUGCCGGCGCUGCUUCCGGCUGAAGCACCUCUCGCCCACGGAGCCCAUCCUGUGGCUGCGCAGCGUGGACCGCUCCCUCCUGCUGCAGGGCUGGCAGGACCAGGCCUUCGUCACGCCGGCCAACGUGGUCUUCGUGUACCUGCUCUGCCGGGAGACCCUGGACGGGGACGAGGUGGGCGCCGAGCACGAGCUGCAGGCCGCCCUGCUCACCUGCCUCUACCUCUCCUACUCCUACAUGGGCAACGAGAUCUCCUACCCGCUCAAGCCCUUCCUGGUCGAGGCCUCCAAGGAGGCCUUCUGGAACCGCUGCCUCCGCAUCAUCCACGCCAUGAGCGCCAAGAUGCUGCGCAUCAACGCCGACCCGCACUACUUCACGCAAGUCUUUGCCGACCUCAAGAACGAAGGCUCCGCCAGCGCCGGAGGAAAAGGACGAGAAGAGUUCACCCGCCUUCUAGACCGGUGACCGUUUGACUACUGGACGUUUUCUGCCCAUUUCUGGACCACUAGAUGUUUCCUGACCACUUGAACUUUUCUUCUCUCAUUUUGGACUGGAUUUCCCUUCCUACUGUAAACUCAGUAGGACCAUCAGUUGAACUUUCCUGCCCUUGAACCAAUGGCUGGACUUUCCUGCUCAGUUCCUAAACAGGUCGCUGGACAUUCUUGCUUGGAACUAUCGCUUGAGUUUCCUGCCCAGUUCUUGCACUGGGAUCUGGACCUUCCUGCCCAGAUCUUGGACCUAUUGUUGGAUGUUCCUGCCUAGUUCUUGCACUGGGAUUGGGACUUUCCUGUCCAGAUCUUGGACCUAUCGUUGGAUGUUCCUGCCCAGUUCUUGCACUGGGAUCUGGAUUGUCCUGCCCAGAUCUUGGACCUAUCGUUGGAUGUUCCUGCCCAGUUCUUGCACUGGGAUCUGGACUUUCUUGCCCAGUUCUUGAACUUGCAGCUCCACUGGUAACUCAACACUCCUGCCCAGAUCUUGGACCAUCAGUUGAAUUCCAUCUCCUUUUUUUUGGACCAAUGGCUGGACUUUCCUACUCAGUUCCUAAACAGGUCACUGGACAUUGCUGCUGGGAACUAUCGUUGGAUGUUCCUGCCCAGUUCUUGCACUGGGAUCUGGACUUUACCCUCCAGUUCUUGGACCUAUCAUUGGAUUUUAUUGCCCGGAUCUUGGACCAGUAUCUGGACUUUCCUGCCCAGUUCUUGGACCUAUCAUUGGGUUUUCCUACCUAGUUCUUGAACUUGCAGCUGGAUUUCCCUUUCUAAGGCAACUCAAUAUUCCUACCCAAUUCUUGGACCAUCAGUUGAAUUUUCCAUGUCCAAUGGCUGGACCUUCUGCCCAUUUCUGGACAUUCCUGCUUGGAACUUUUUGGAAAAUAUAGUUGGAUUUUCUUGCACUGGGAUCUGGAGUUUACCCUCCAGUUCUUGGACCUAUAGUUGGAUUUUCUUCCCAGUACUUGGACCGGGAUCUGGACUUUAUUCUCCAGUUUUUGGACCUAUCAUUGGAUUUUCUUGCCCUGAUUUUAGACCAGGAUCUGGACUUUCCUGCCCAGUUCUUGGACCUGCAAACUUGAUUUUCCUUGGGCUAGUAACUGGAUUUAACUGUCUUAUUUCUUACAGCAGCAAACUGGAUUUCCCUGCCUGGAUGAUGGAUCUUCCUACAUUAUUCUACAUCAGGCCUGGGCCAACUUGGGCCCUCCGGGUGUUUUGGACUUCAA